GCCCAAGUAAAUUACGUGUUGGUCCCUUCAGACCCUUGCUUGGCACCACCGCCAGCGGUGGUCCAGCCAGUCGUCCUUCCUUUGGUUGCAGGCACGUGCGAGACAGACCCGGCGCAGCCCCUUAUCAUUGACGCUUGCGAGACUCGCAGUCUUACGUGCAACAAGGGCCCGCCUUUCAGCCUGGGCACGACCGCGGUCAGCUGCAUCACCCCCCUCCCGGACGGGGACGAAACUCAAGUCAACUUAGACGUUGUCGUGUCAGAUACCGAAGCGCCUGUGAUUGACGACAAGUGCCAAGAGGUGACAAAGCACAUUAAAGUGUGCCAACGACAACCUCUGAGCUUCGACGUCCCCGCUGUUACAGACAACUGCCCUGGAGCUGGGGAAGCCGUAUGCAGCCCAGCGCCAGGGUCAGUUUUUCGGCUGGGACGCACCGAAGUGAAGUGCACUGCUACGGACGCAUCAGGGAACGUGGCACAGUCGAACUUCUCCGUCAACACUGUUUGCGAAGGCGUGCAGCCACCGCGCAGGCGAAUCCGGCGCAAUUUUAG